UCGAUAUUUAUACAUUCUGGACAAUGGAGAGGUUGGCUUGAAUAUUUCACAGUUGGCUCGCUCGAGAGCUGGCUAAUAAGCUAGCUAGCUAACUUCAUGGUGUCCAGUUGGUAGAUAGCUAGGUGUUUUUCCAACCGAGAACGCGGUAUUUAACUUAGCAAUAACAUGGUGAAACAUGUCUGCUGUUCGUUUAAAGACGUUCAGUAAAGAACUACAAUUGAGCCAGUAAUGAUUCAUAUUCAUGUGUUGCUGUUAUUCACUGUGCUUCGCUGACGUUAGCCAUCUAGCACAACAGUGGUCACAAUGGCUUUGGUAUCUGCAGACACCAAAAUUUCAGAGUUACUUACUGAACUGCACCAGCUUAUCAAGCAGACACAGGAGGAGCGUUCUCGCAGUGAACACAAUCUUCUCAACAUCCAGAAGACUCAUGAAAGAAUGCAGACAGAAAACAAAACCUCUCCAUAUUACAGAAGUAAGCUGAGAGGGCUCUACACCACAGCAAAGGCAGAUGCUGAGGCAGAGUGCAGUAUUCUUCGUCAUGCCUUGGACAAAAUUGCAGAGAUCAAGUCUUUACUGGAAGAAAGGAGAAUUGCGGCAAAAAUGGCGGGGGUGUACAGCGACAGCGACCCCCCCAGGAAGACCAUGAGGAGGGGAGUGCUCAUGACUCUUCUGCAGCAGUCGGCCAUGACCUUACCUCUGUGGAUAGGCAAGCCAGGAGAUAGCCCCCCUCCUCUGUGUGGGGCCAUGCCGGCCAGCAGUGACUAUGUAGCCAAGCCAGGAGACAAAGUAGCAGCCAGGGUGAAAGCAGUGGAUGGGGAUGAACAGUGGAUACUGGCAGAGGUGGUCAGCUAUAGCCACUCCACCAACAAAUAUGAAGUGGAUGACAUUGAUGAAGAAGGGAAAGAGAGACAUACACUGAGCAGGAGAAGGAUUAUACCACUGCCGCAGUGGAAGGCCAACCCAGAGACAGACCCUGAGGCACUCUUCAGUAAAGACCAGCUGGUGUUGGCCCUCUACCCUCAGACCACCUGUUUCUACAGAGCGCUCAUACAUACUCCCCCACACAGGCCCCAGGACGACUACUCUGUAUUGUUUGAAGACACUUCCUAUGCUGACGGAUACUCUCCGCCCCUCAAUGUGGCCCAGAGAUAUGUGGUGGCCUGCAAGGAGAACAAGAAGAAAUGAAGCAGAAAUGCUGUUUAAUUGGGUUAAAGGACCGGGCUUCGGCAGCUGUGAAUCUCUGGUUGAACAAGGUCUAACAUAAUAAGCCUCGGCUAAUAAUCAACAGUAAUGUAAACAGUUGGACAUUUGUAUUGGGGAAAGAACAAGCUUGUCAGCUAAGAAAACAAAAUCCUGCAAUGUUUGAAAGAACUGGGGAAAGUGAGGGCUGUUUUUCCUAGCGACACAGGCAGGAUUACCAGAGUGAUAAUGGAAAGAUUUCGGGGAGGAUGCAUGUUGAAUUUCAAUCAGCAUGGGCUUGCAUGAGUGUACCAUAUGCGCCUGCGUUAAUCAGUGCUUUUAAAUCAGGAUUUACGAUGAUGACUUGUUGGUAUCAUGGUUUGAGUUCUUAAAUAUUGUUCUGAAAUGUGGUGGAAGUGAAUGAAAAUACAUUUGUAAUAUUA